AUACACUUUGUAACUGUAUAACCUUAUUUUUUUCCUUUAACCAUUAACAUUACACACGGACUAAGAUAGACUAUCUUAGUCCGUGACAUUACAUUACUACAUUAGGUUGUUCAUUGCUAUCAAAAUGCAAAAUGAAUGUUGCAAUAUUUUCUUUUACUUUAACUCAAAAACCAAAAUUCAAAUACAUAUUUUCCAAUAUUUUAGUAAAGAAACAUUAUCGUGGAUCAUCAUUAGUAUCAGUACUUGAUGGUAACAAUGUAUAAUGUGUCAUUUUACUAAAAAUAGCUAUGGUUGGUUCAAAAUCAACACAAAUUUUUUUUAAACAACUGUUUAAAUAACCAAUAAAAACUUGUGUCAUUCAUUUCGUUCUGACAAUCUGACGAAUGUCUAUGGCUGCACAUGAAUUUCGGAUUGACCCACUACAUUUUGGCGCAGUCGGUUUCAAAAUUCUUUCAACAGAAUUACCUGUGUUGAAAAUUUUUCAAAAUUAUUCAACGUCAAGGGAUUCAAGGCGGAAAUUCAUCACUGAAUCACGGAUUGAAGAAGACAACUGCAGAACGUCAACUUCGUCGACUCCAAGGAAGAUUCGUAACGCAUAGUGAACAACCCGCAACAAUUCAACAACAAUAAAUUACAAUAGAAGUAACAACUUAUCAAGCCGUAGUAGUGUGAAUAAUAAUUUUUAAUGUAAAGUAUUUUAUUAGCUGCUAACUCUGGUCCAUCUCCUUUGGAAUACAAAUUCCAUCGUAAAGUAUUUAAUUGUGAAAGUGUUUAUUAUAUAAGUAUAAUCUCCAUAAAAUAUAAUGAUAAAAUAAUAAAAUAAAUUAACAAAUUGAAAAUAAUUAAAUGAAUAUAAUUUUUAAAAAUAAAAUAAAUUCUUUUGGAAACAGUUAAAUAAAAAUAAUUAAAUAAAUAAAUUUUAAUAGUUUUGAGAUUUUAAUAGAAAAAUAAUUUAAUUAAUUUUUCUAACUUAUAAAAAAAUAAUAACACAUUAUCAUUGAAAAUUAAAAUAAAAAAAUAAAAAAAGUGAAUAAGUAUUUUGUUGAGAGUUAAAAAGAGAAUUUUAUGAGGAUAAUACGUUGAAAAUAAUACGUAAUAAUUAUAUAUUAUCCGUGUUUUAUAUCAGAUACGACCUGAGGUUUUGCAAAACGUUAACUUGCAUUACCCAGGUAAAACAAUUUUAUAUUUAUAUUUAUUUUUUAUUUUUAUUUUCUAUAUUUUAUAUUUAUUUAUAUAUAUUUUUAAAAUUUGAAUUGUAGUUCACACAGCUGUUGUGGUUAUCCAAUAUGAGUUUGAACUUGUAUGUUUGUGGUUUUGUUAUGAGUAUUGUUAGUUAUUGUAUGAAUACUAUUUAUUCUGGUACAUGCCAUUCUCCAAAUCCAUAUCAAAUAUCUGAUGGUGAUUAUAUAUAUAUACUAUAUGAACAUCCUAUAGUCAAAUAUCGUCCCUUUUUGAAAUUUGGAGUUGUCUAUAAUGAUUACAAUGCUCUUAGUUCAUUGGGUAAAUAUGCACAGGCUAAUAUCGAUCAUUGGCGUAGUAAGACAGUUGGUGAGAUCCUUAAUAUUUUUGAGGAUGCAGAAGAGGCUGGUAAUACCUUUAUAUCUAUAUGCUCUUGUACUACACCUAUCGCCGACGACAGAUAUUGUUGUUCGGCUGGAGAAUGUUCGGUUGACUGUUUAUUUUGUAAUGGCACAUGUAUAGGGUCUAGUGAUUAUAAUGCUGGAUUUGAUUGUAAUACCGACGAUAUGAUAGAUAAGUUGGUGACAUAUUAUUCCAAUUUAAAUAAUGUAACACAUGCCAGUCUUCAUAUAACUAGAAGAGGAACUAAGUUACCGAGUGGUAUUAAAUUAUCGGGAGGAACAAAAUGUCCAAAUACUCCUGAGUUGCCGGAUAGACGUAAGCAACCGCCUAGAAAAUGUAAGAAGAAGAAAUGUUAUGAUGAAGAUAGCUCUGAAUCCGCUAAUACUAGUACGAAAAACCGCCUUCAGUACCCAUGUAACUUGCAAGAUAAUAAAAUCACUGAUAGAUCACAAAGAUCCGGGUGUCUUCGGUGGUGUACGCCGAAAAUGUGUAAAUGUGUUUACGAGAGGCAGUAUUUCGAUAGCAAAUACUACUCAUAUAGUGAUAGGUAUCGGUGUGUGAGCUCUUAAAAAAAAGUUUAAGAUAUUUUAGAAUUAAUAACUACAUAUACACUAUCAUAUAUAUAUAAACUUAACCUUACCAUUAAAUUAAACAAUGAAUAUUAAUAUUAUAUUAUAAAAAUAUAUAUUUAAGAGAGCAUAAAGGCUAUGCUAAUGAAAUACUAGCAAAAUUUUAUUAUAACUAUCUUUUUGUAUAAGAUUAAAUUAUUUUAUUUUAUUAAUCACGAUAUUAUGAUAUCCACUAACAACAUAUUUUAUUGUAUAAAUGAAAAAUAAUGUAACUACUAACCAACAAAAAAUAUAAAUCAAAUUACACAAACCUAACCCAAUCGCGGUCUUUGUUUACCGGCCGCUAGUCCAACCCAAACCACUAGUGAACCUGAAAAGUGUUUUUUUAUUUCUUUUGUGUUUUUUCUUUGUGUCAAACAUCUCCACCUACACCGCCAGCGACACGCGGAUUGCCAGGCCCAACGCACCCGUGUCAAUUUCACGUUAUAGUACCUAUAGAUAACCGCUGCAUAAUAUAAUUAUGUUACUUAUGCUAUUUAUCACUACAGUGCCUUAGUAGGCAUCUAAUAUAAUAUAUGUUAUACAUUUUUAGUA